AUGACUGUAAAUUCAAAAUCCACAAACUUGAUGUGGACUUCACAGGUCAAGCUCAGUGUUCUUUCUUUCCAUAUCCAGGCCUCCGUGUUUUCUUCGGGAUCCAGGGAUGGCUCCAAGCUUCUAGAGACUGAGGCAAGGAUAAAGGGACCUCUGCCCUAUGACGACCCGGAUCUCCUUCGCUUCGUAAGGCAAGAUCAUCUGUACCCGCCUUCCAACUUGCCCUACAACCUCGUCCAGGAUCAUGCUAAAGUCCAAAUGGAAGCUAAGAAAUAUUCAGGUUUCGUGGGAGAGUUUGGCUUUAUGUUCUACGCUCAUGUGCUGCGAAAUAUUUUUAAAGGAACGCGGGAAGGUUUCUUCGUGGAAGCUGGCGCCCUCGAUGGGGAAUUUCUCUCCAACACCCUACCACUGGAGAGAGAUUUGGGAUGGACUGGCUUGUUAGUGGAGAGUAAUGGCGAUACCUUCAAAGAACUGCUAAUGAAGCGAAGGAAAGCGUGGGCGAGCCAUUCCUGUCUCGCCGCACACGAGUAUCCACACGGAGACAUUUUGGUAAAAUUUCGGCGUGAUCACUCGGCGAUGGACAUGUACGAGGACAGGUCAGCCAGCGCCCAUUCAAUGAUGAUGAGUCAAGACAGAGGAGCAACCAUGGAUAACUCAGUUCCGGGACACCGCGAGUACGAGGCGAUCCAGUGCAUUCCCCUUGCGACGUUACUGUUGGCCAUCGACGUCACGCACGUAGACUUGGUCUCCCUCGAUAUAGAGGGCGGUGAAAUGGGCGUCCUGAGAUAUUUCCCAUGGGAUCGCAUAACCGUGGAUGUGUGGCUGGUGGAACAUGCAACUGGUAAAGAUAAGUUUAAGAACAAAGGCGAGAAUAAGUACGAUUCUGAUUUUAUUAAGAUGUUUAACGAUCGUGGGUAUGAGUUAUAUAGUGCCAACGAUGACGCGACCAUAAAUUAUGUGUUUGUGUUGAGAAGUUCCAAAGUCUACAGCAGACUUAAAGAAACUAAAUGAUUCUCUCUUCUACAUAAACAUUCACAAUCCAGUCAUAUACUCAUGCACACUGCUGCACUAUAAUUCUCCAGGAACUAUUCAUUUUUGUAUAUAGCCGCGAAACAAGUAAGCCGAAUAAUCUCAUACACCAAAUACCUUCUCUAUGAGGUAUAUUAUAAUAAUCUAUACUAUCUCUUAGUUCAUAGGCUCUGGUAAGGUUACUUACAAUAGUCACAGCUUUGAGCGUAGAUGAUAUUGUUAUCCAAACCCAGGGAAUGUGCUACGAGUCCCGUAAUAUGUCUUGUGUAUUUUCUUUUCUUUGUAUAAUUUCCUACUCCAGUCACUAUUUGCAAAGAUUCUGCUGUUUUACACAAUUUCGGGAAGAACACAAAAUUCCAGAUUAGGACCACACACACACUGUACACGUGUGUGUUUACAUGUAUGCUUUUAUCUACUUAUUAUUUCAUAUAUAUUUCAGUUGAACACGACAAGCCACAAACUUAUAUCUCUGUGAGAGUCAAAUAAAUGGAUGUUAUCUGAUUCGCAUUUCGCAUUAUAAUACUAUGAGAAGCUGAAUCGGGCCGUGAAUAUGAAAUAAUGAACUUAUUACUGCCCUCUCGUGGAGGCUACCCUGU